UUGAAAACUCGCGUCUAGGAAGUCUGAGUAGGUGUGGGUGUUAUUAUACGUUCGGAACAAUUCGCCCAUUACACUGCGCUGUCUCGACAAGGUAGGGAAUGACACCAAAAUGGUAAAAAAAGUUUCGAGUCGCCAAACACCAUUUUCACAGAUAUUUCCGUUUGCAAAAUGGAGCUUAUUUGCAUAAUUUGGCCUGAAUCGGAGCCUGACAGUUUUCCGAAGUUUCUCCUAACUUCAUACUGGGGUACCACGUACCCCAAAAAUGGCCACCCAUCGGCAACAUAGAGGAGCUGGAGUUGCAUAAAAAACAUAACCUGAAAAACAGAAGUUUUAUUUAUUACUGAAAAGUGAAAUAUACUUUUCAAAAUGUCGCUGAAAAGGAAAUUGACACAAGAUGAUUUGCGUAAAGCUAUGAGUGAACAUAAAAAGAAGUUAGGAACUGUUAAGAAAGUUGAAUCACCAUUAGCGAAAUAUACAGAUGCAGGACAGCUUAUGUGUAUUUUAUGUAAAACUGCUGUACACAGUGAAGCAGUUUGGUCAGUACAUUUAAAUUCAAAAACUCACAAGGAAAAUAUAAUAUUAGCAAAAAAGACUAAACUAGAAACAGAGUCUCCAACAGCUACAACACGUACAUUCAAAAGACCAACAUCUCCACAAGAACCAACAACGAAUAAAAAAAUAAAGAGUAUAUUAAAAAAUGCCACAGUACAGUCAACACAAGUACCAUCAAAUUUGCCAUCAGAUUUCUUUGAUAAACCUUCUAAGCAGCCUAAUGGUAUGGUACUUUCAAAUACUUCUGUGAUAAAAAAGAGGUCAGAAGAUGAUAAAGAACAUGAGAAAGAAUUGAAAAAUGUUAAGGCACAAGAGGAAAAUGAGAAAGAAAUAGAAAGGGAUAAAGAUGCAAAUCAAGCAGUUCUUCCUGAAGGAUUUUUUGAUGAUCCAGUUUUGGAUGCCAAAGUUCGUAAUGUCGAAUAUAAAAAUCCCAUAGAAGAGGAAUGGGAAAAGUUUCAGAAAGAAAUAAAAGAAGAAACAGCACAAUCUGCACAAAUCAUUGCAGAGGAUCAAGAGGAAGCAACAACAGAAAGACAAUUAGAUGAAAUAGAAGAACAAAUAAGACAUUGGUCUAGAGUAAUGGAUCUAGUAAAACGCAAAGAGCAAGUACAAGCCACUGAUAGAAAGCAAAACAAUACUGAUGAGGAUAUCUCUAGUGGAGACGAAGCUGAGUUUGACGAAUUUCUCGAUUGGAGAGCAAAAAAUUCGUACAAAUAAGAUUAACUUUCAUCGUGUACAGUAUUCAUGUUCUUGUAAAUAUUUGAAGGUAUUAUAUACUUUCAAAGUACUUUUGAAACUAUUUAAUAAUGAUCAUUAUUAUAUUAAUUGAUCUUUCAUACAAAAUUCUAAGUAUAAUUUGUACCAAGAAAGAAAUGGAAAUUUCUCUGCGACCACCCUUUCUUAUAUCAUUUCUUAUUUUAAUAAAAGGAUACGAAGAUGACAAACGAUGUUUGUACAGUGUAUUAAGAUUUUAUUAAAACGAAUUCAAAGAGUCAGAAUAUAAUUAAGUUUCAAAUACAAUUGUUAUAGAUCAUUAAUUUAUCCGUUACAAGCUAUAAUAUGAAAUGUAUAAUAUAAAGAUUACAAGGUAGGCUAAGCCGCUAGUAAAAUAGUGUUGGGUAGUAUAUUGC